AUGAUCUCUUCAGUGUAUGUGACGCUGAUUAAUGUGUACAUUAAAGCUGAUAGGAAAGAAUUUGAUAUGGAUCCUAUUGGUAAAUCAGACUUAUGGAAAAGGGACAUAUCUCGAAAUAUGUACGAUAAACUUCCAAGCAUAAAGAAAUCUGAUGGUGGCUCAAACUCGUUUAAAAACGGAACUAUCCCAGAUUAUGUUAUAGAUAACUGCCCUUUGAUUCACUUAUAUAGUGAUGAGAAAUACUGGCCGUCCAAUUUUUCAGAAUAUGUGUCACAUUUCAAAUUGUUGGAUGAUGAAGGAGAAGCCAUAUUAGACCAACUAAACUCAAUCAAAGAAUUAAAGCAGAGCUACGUGCGAUAUGACGAAGACGGAGCAUCUUAUGAAGUUGACUCGGAAGAUAUAUUUAUGACAUCGAUAGAUGAUUUUGAUAAGGAUCCCGGUUGGAUGAAAGGUUUCAAACCAAAAUAUGGAACAGGAUAUGCAGCUCAAGCUCCAGCGUUAGUGUUUGUAGUAGACAAAGGUAAUGGAUGGGUAGAUGCGUUUUGGUUUUAUUUCUAUCCCUUUAACUGGGGUCCCUUUAUUAUGGGAUAUGGACCUUGGGGGAAUCACCUUGGAGAUUGGGAACAUACCCUGGUUCGCUUUUAUAAUGGUGUUCCUAAGUAUAUAUGGAUGAGUGCGCAUGGAGGAGGGAGUGCCUACACUUACGAGGCAAUUGAGAAAAAGAAGCGUUUAAGGCGUAUUGAGGGUAGAAUCACUAAUGAGUUGAUAGAAAAACCGCUACUUUUCAGUGCAAGAGGCACUCAUGCUAAUUAUCCAUCGGUAGGUCAACAUUCUCAUGAUGUUCCAUUUUUCUUUAUGCCAUUAAGUGACUUUACAGAUAGAGGUCCACUAUGGGACCCAUCGCUCAACUAUUACGGAUAUACAAUAACAACUAAUGGUAAAUUAGCUCCUGCUACUAAUCAGACUUCGGAAGAUUUGGGAACUUCAUGGCUCUAUUUCCAAGGGCAUUGGGGAGAUAAGCAAAUCCCUUUCCGUGAUCCCAGGCAAAAGUGGUGUUUGGUCCAAUGGAAAUACAUAGGUGGCCCAAGGGGUCCACUAAGGAAAAAUCUAAUGAGAAAAGGCCUCUGUCAAAGAUCAAAAUGGUGGAACUUUAUGGGAGUUUGUCCUGUACGCAAGAUGAUAAAAAAUGGUGUUGGCUUGGAUGCCGAACGGAAUGACUACUUAGGCGAUAAUUGUGGAAUAUUACUAUAUAAGGUUAGACCUUCCAUUUUUCGUUCUAUAUUGCGCCUUAUUACGUGGAGGGGUGGCUUGUGCUUUUUAAUGGAAAGUUUUACCGGCUAA